CUGACUUCCUGAGGUGUUUCAUUCAUUUCUGUCCCCAAAAUGGCGAACGUUGCUGCUGCUACCGUGGCCGCCGCGGCCGCGGCUGCUGCUGCUGCUGCGAACAGAGACCCAGCCGUUGAUCGGUCUUUACGAUCAGUGUUCGUGGGAAACAUUCCUUAUGAAGCCACAGAAGAGCAGCUGAAAGAUAUAUUUUCCGAAGUCGGACUUGUUGUCAGCUUCAGGUUAGUGUAUGACAGAGAAACGGGGAAGCCAAAAGGAUAUGGCUUCUGUGAGUACCAAGACCAGGAGACGGCCCUCAGCGCUAUGAGGAACCUGAAUGGGAGAGAGUUCAGUGGUCGGGCUCUCAGAGUUGACAACGCUGCUAGUGAAAAAAACAAGGAAGAGCUUAAAAGCCUGGGAACUGGAGCCCCCAUUAUUGAGUCUCCUUAUGGAGACAGCGUUUCGCCAGAGGAGGCUCCAGAAUCCAUCAGCAGAGCUGUGGCAAGUCUUCCACCUGAGCAGAUGUUUGAACUAAUGAAACAGAUGAAGCUGUGUGUACAAAACAGUCCCCAGGAAGCGAGAAACAUGCUGCUGCAGAAUCCGCAGCUGGCCUACGCUCUGCUGCAGGCACAGGUCGUAAUGCGGAUUGUUGACCCAGAGAUCGCUUUGAAAAUGUUACAUCGUCAAACAGCAGUCCAGCCUCUGGUUCCCAGUGCUCCGGUUGGAGCAGCACCCCCAGUCAACCCUCCUGCACAGCCCAAUGUCCAGGUGUCGCAGCCACAGCCUGGGCCUGGCAUGCACAUCAAUGGAGCGCCUUCGAUGAUGCAGCCUGCCAACAUGGGUGUCGUCCCUGGACCAAUGCCUGUACCAGGACCAGGACCCGGACCUGGACCAGGACCAGUUGGACCUCCAGGAAACCUCCAGAGUCCCCCCACAGGAUCAGCUGGACCCGCUGCUAUCGAGCGGCCUCAAGGACCAGGCGGUAUCCCACCCAGAGGGCUGCUGGGCGACGGUCCCAAUGAUCCCAGAGGAGGAACUCUACUGUCUGUCACGGGAGAAGUUAUUGACCCCAAUCGGGCCUACAUGGCGGCUCCACCGCCUCACCAAGCCCCGCCCAUACAUAUACCACAAAUGGGAGGAGGACCACCGCCUGAAAUGAGAGGGCCCCCGAUGCCUGAACAGAGAACCAUGAUGGUUGACCCACGAGGACCCCCGAUGAUGGAGCCACGCGGCCCGCCAAUGGAACCCAGAGGCCGCGAUCCGAGGGCAAUGGACACUCGCGGGCCGGUAACGGGACAGAGGGUUCCCAUUGUGCCUGGAAUGCAAGGCCCCGUCCCUCAUACCAUGGGUCCAAACGCUCCUCCACCUGCAAGAGCGGGUCCAGGUGUUUCCGGGGUCCCCACAUCUGGAGGAGGUUUCAGUCCAGGCCAGGCUCAGGUCUCCACACAGGAUCAGGAGAAGGCUGCGCUGAUCAUGCAGGUCCUGCAGCUGACCCCAGAACAGAUCGCCAUGCUGCCCCCAGAGCAGCGACAGAGCAUCCUCAUCCUCAAAGAGCAGAUUCAAAAAACCGCCUCAGGUGCACCAUGAUUCUCCAACAAGGCAAAGGACUGGCUGCCCCUUCAAGAUCCUCCUGCUAAAGCUCCUCUUGGAUUAUUGUAGGUUUUCUUUUGUUAGUGUUGUAAAGAGUGUUGGGUUGAUCCAGACGAUUGUUCAGAAGAAGGUUAAAUCGAUGGACAAUUAACUCAUUUUUGCUUUAAAGCAACUUGUUGUCAAAUCUCUGGAAACCUGUUUUUUUUUUUUUUUUU